AUGCCCAAGGGAAAGGCUGAAGGGGAUCCUAAAGGAGAUAAAACCAACGUGAAGGACAAACCACAGAGAAGAUCCACGAGGUUGUCUGCUAAACCUGCUCCUCCAAAGCCAGAGCCCAAGCCUAAAAAGAGCCCUGCAAAGAAUGGAGAGAAGGUACCCCAAGAGAAAAAGGGAAAAGCUGAUGCUGGCAAGGAGGAGAAUAACUCUGCAGAAAAUGGAGAUGCCAAAACAGACCAGGAACAGAAAGCUGAAGGUGCUGGAGAUGCCAGGGGAAGUGUGUGCAUUUUUUAUAACUGUGUACUUCUGGUUCACGCCUCCUGGGUUCACGCCAUUCUCCUGCCUCAGCCUCCCAAGUAG